CUAGUUCCAGUCCAGUACCGAGAAUACGAAUUUGACCUAUUUGACUUGUUAAUUUCAGGUAUGUAAACACUAAUUAGUCAAAAAAAAAAAAAACCCGCAGAGCAUCUCCUUAAAUUAAAUAGCCCGCUAUGUUUUCCGUGUUAACUUGCUCUGUGUUUUUCUGCGUGUUUUCAUCUCUAGAUCCUCAAACACGCUCUGCUCGAGGAGCAAACAUACUGGAAGACGAGGGUACCUCUUCUCAUACUUUCCGAAGUCGUCUGCUUUCAGUAGACGAGCUGCAUUAUCUGGAUGUACCCAAAGUUGAAACAAUCAGGGCAUUCGACGACUUUGAUUGCAACUUUAGAUGCCUCAACAAUCCUUUGUGCUUUUCUGUGAACCUGGCCACCACCAAAGAUCUCAGUGGAAAAUUUCGGUGCCAGUUACUGUCUUCUGAUAAGUACAGUAAUGCCAAAGACUUUAUGGAAAGCCAGAGUUGGCACCACUUUUCCAUCAUGGUAGGUCAAUUUUAACAAAUACACGUGCCAAUUUGUUAUCCUACUUUGCCUUCUUUCCUUUUCUUACUUUCCUACUUUCCUGGGUUUUGCUGCGAGACCUAACAAGAAAAACGUAAGCCUUGUUUUUGUGGGCAUUUUGGCAAGACACUUAACGGUAAUGUUGGAGGCAACACUGCAGUGGACUGGCAUCCUAUUCAGGGAUCAAGAGAAUUACUCGUUUAGAAU